GAGUGGCGAUAGGGUUUGCUCCCUGGGCCUUGGGUUCGGUCCGACUCCUUCACGAAGCCUCGGCGUAGGCUGCGGCCGUGGGGACAAAAUGAGCGGUUCUUCACAGAAACACGAUGUUAUUUUUGAAGAAGAUGAUCUGCCAUAUGAAGAAGAGAUCAUUCGCAAUCCUUACUCUGUUAAAUGCUGGGUCCGCUACAUAGAGUUUAAGCAGUCUGCACCCAAACAUGUGGUGAACAUGAUUUAUGAGAGAGCGCUUAAAGAACUUCCUGGCAGUUACAAGCUGUGGUACAAUUACCUGAAACAGAGGCGGAAACAGGUGAAGGGAAAAUGUAUCAUAGACCCUGCAUUUGAGGAGGUUAACAACUGCCAUGAGCGAGCCCUGGUUUUCAUGCACAAGAUGCCACGUAUUUGGUUGGACUACUGCCAGUUCCAGGUCGAUCAGUGUAAGGUAACGAGAACACGUCGAACCUUCGAUAGGGCUCUGCGUGCCCUCCCUGUCACUCAGCAUUAUCGCAUCUGGCCCAUGUACCUGAAGUUUGUUCGUUUGUUUCCACUGUCAGAGACUGCAGUCAGAGUCUAUAGGCGCUAUCUGAAGCUGUCCCCUGAAAACGCCGAAGAGUACAUCGAGUAUCUCCGCUCCAUUGAUCGUCUGGAUGAGGCUGCAGUACGACUCGCUGGCAUCGUCAACGAUGAAUCCUUUGUCUCAAAAGAGGGGAAAUCAAACUACCAACUGUGGCAUGAGCUUUGCCAUCUCAUUUCUACAAACCCAGACAAAGUGAAGUCCCUGAAUGUUGGAGCCAUUAUCCGGGGAGGCCUGACUCGCUUCACCGACCAACUAGGGAAGCUUUGGUGUUCUUUAGCUGACUACUACAUUCGAAGUGGUCAUUUUGAAAAGGCCAGAGACGUGUAUGAAGAGGCGAUUCAGACAGUGAUGACAGUUCGAGAUUUCACCCAAGUCUUUGAUAGUUAUGCACAGUUUGAGGAGAGCAUGAUUGCAGCUAAAAUGGAAACAACAGCAGAAAUGGGGCAAGCAGAAGAAGAUGAUAUCGAUCUAGAGCUUCGAUUGGCACGAUUUGAGCAGCUUAUAAACAGACGUCCCCUCCUUUUGAACAGUGUACUGCUUCGGCAGAACCCACACAACGUUCACGAGUGGCAUAAGCGGGUCAAACUGUAUGAAGGAAAGCCACGAGAGAUCAUUAACACGUACACAGAAGCGGUGCAGACGGUUGACCCAUUAAAAGCCACUGGAAAGCCACAUACGCUCUGGGUUUCGUUUGCAAAGUUUUAUGAAGAAAACAGUCAAAUUCAAGAUGCUCGAACCAUAUUUGAAAAAGCCACAAAAGUAAACUUCAAGCACGUUGAUGAUCUUGCGAGCGUUUGGUGUGAAUAUGGGGAGAUGGAACUGCGGCAUGAAAACUAUGACGAGGCUCUUCGAUUGCUGAGGCGAGCUACCGCAGUACCUGCAAGGAAAGCUGAGUACUUUGAUUCAACAGAACCCGUCCAGAACAGAGUGUACAAGUCAUUGAAAGUCUGGUCCAUGUUAGCAGAUCUGGAGGAGAGUCUCGGCACUUUUAAGUCCACAAAAGCUGUUUAUGACAGGAUUAUAGAUCUCCGAAUUGCCACGCCGCAAAUAAUCAUCAAUUACGCGAUGUUUCUGGAGGAGCAUAACUACUUUGAAGAAAGUUUUAAGGCUUAUGAGAGGGGGGUUGCUCUAUUUAAGUGGCCCAACGUGUACGACAUUUGGAACACUUACCUUACCAAAUUCAUCGAUCGGUACGGUGGAAAGAAACUGGAACGAGCACGAGACCUGUUUGAGCAAGCUCUUGAUGGGUGUCCACCGAAAUUUGCCAAAACUAUUUACCUUCUGUAUGCCAAGCUGGAGGAGGAGUACGGUUUAGCUCGACAUGCCAUGGCUGUGUAUGAAAGAGCAACCAAGGCAGUCGAGCCUUUGGAGCAGUAUGAGAUGUACAACAUCUAUAUCAAAAGAGCAGCCGAAAUCUACGGAGUUACCCACACAAGGGGCAUCUACGAGAGGGCAAUUGAGGUGUUGCCAGAUGAACAUGCUCGUGAUAUGUGCCUGCGGUUCUCUGAUAUGGAAUGCAAACUGGGUGAAAUCGAUCGGGCCCGAUCCAUUUACUCUUACUGCUCUCAACUCUGCGAUCCAAGGAUAACACCGUCGUUCUGGCAGACUUGGAAGGAAUUUGAGAUGCGGCAUGGUAACGAGGACACUAUUCGUGAAAUGUUGCGGAUUAAACGGAGUGUGCAGGCCACAUACAAUACCCAGGUCAAUUUUAUGUCGUCGCAGAUGCUAAAAGCCUCCACGAAUGCCACAGGCACAGUCUCUGAUCUUGCACCUGGACAAAGUGGAAUGGAUGACAUGAAACUGCUGGAGCAGAAAGCGCAACAGUUGGCGGAAGAGGCUGAGAGGGAAAAACCCAAACCCAAAGACAAAAUUCUAUUUGUCAGGAGUGAUGCGUCUCGCAGUGAGCUUGCUGAGCUUACGAAACAAGCCAAUCCCGAUGAGAUUGACAUUGACGAUGAUGAUGACGAUGAGGAAGGUGAUGAAGAACCUGACGAGGUGCCACUUGAGCAGAAGACAGUGCCAACAGCAGUGUUUGGGGGCCUGAAGGAUGACUGAACAGUAACUGCGAACAGAGUUAAUGACUUCCUAUCACCCGUUACCUUCAGUAACAGAAGCUGCUGUUCAGACACAGAUAGCCUUUAUGUGCUGUUUCAAGCACAUUUGAACAAGCAAAAAACAAGCAAAAGAUUUAUUGCCACUACGUCUGUUUUGUAUCAAGAUUUCUCUCCCUUGCAACUGUGUGCUACCAAUUAGGACCACUGUCUUCUCUUUUGUGAAACUGUCUUUAUAUAAACGUAUGGCAGGAGCCAGUCUCUUUUUUGUUUUAAAAA